AAAAGGGCAUAGGCGGAGGUCAAAUUGACAGACAGUGAUGUCUACUUGGGCGGUGACAGACAGCAUCCGCAGUCAAUAGAAAGAGCUCAGAAAUUCUUUAGGUCUCCCAAGAUGGUCCGGAAGGAAUGACAGCUGGGAGGAGGCGGGACAAGCUUGCGAUUAAUUUGCGUCGUCAGCCAAUGAUUGCGUUCUCCCGCUUUAACAACAGCCAGAGCCACUGCCUUGCCCCCAGGAGACAGAAGACAUGGCACCCAAGAAGGCCAAGAGAAGGGCAGCAGCAGAGGGCGGAAGCUCCAGUGUCUUCUCCAUGUUCGACCAGACUCAGAUCCAGGAGUUCAAGGAGGCCUUCACAGUAAUCGACCAGAACCGUGAUGGCAUUAUCGACAAGGAGGACCUUCGGGACACCUUUGCAGCCAUGGGCCGCCUCAAUGUGAAGAAUGAAGAGAUCGAUGCCAUGAUGAAGGAAGCCAGUGGUCCCAUCAACUUCACCGUCUUCCUGACCAUGUUCGGGGAGAAGCUCAAGGGUGCCGACCCUGAGGAUGUGAUCACUGGAGCCUUCAAAGUCCUGGACCCCGACGGGAAGGGCACCAUCAAGAAGCAGUUCCUGGAGGAGCUGCUGACCACUCAGUGUGACCGCUUCACCCCGGCGGAGAUCAAGAACAUGUGGGCGGCCUUCCCUCCCGACGUGGGCGGCAACGUAGACUACAAGAACAUCUGCUACGUCAUCACGCAUGGCGACGCCAAGGACCAGGAGUAGGAAGUCCUCCUAGGCCUCAACUGGCCAGUGCUUGCGGCCAGUCCGACCCCCACCUGACUGCCAAUAAAAUUCCGCUGGUCUUUGUUUCUUA